AUGACUAGGACUCAGGGCUCUCACUGCCGUGACCUGACUUCAAUCCCUGGCUGGGAGCUGAAACCCUGCUUCCAGCCGCUGCAGGCUGAAGCGAUCCAGCAUCAGGCAGAUGAGCUCUGGGACUUGGGAGAGACGCCUUCCUCACGAUCUCCCCUCACCCUGCGAGGUGAAUUUGGGAACCCAUCUGAGGUGAACAGCUGCUCCAUCCCCCAGGGACCCGCUGUCUUUUCUGCCAAUUACAAAGACUGUCAUGUGCUGGAGAAGGAUGGGCGCUCCCACCCGAGGGUGUUCGUGGAAGCUGGGCUGCCCAAUGGCACUCUGAUCUGUCCCAAACCUGAUCACACCUGGACUCCAGACUCCCACCUGGCACCACCAACCACAUUCUCCCUUCCUGCCCCUCAUCCCCCUAGGUACCCUCUGACUCAGGAACAGUGCCAGGUGGCCUCCAGGCACAUCCCCCGCAGAGUGAGAAGAAGUUCAAAGGAAGCGUCAGCUGGCUGCAGUCAUGACAACACCAGAGAGGGUCCCUGUUACUAUGGCAACACAGCGACUGUCCAGUGCUUCAGAAACAGUCACUUCGUCCUGGUGGUGUCCCAGGAAACGGCCUUGGUGUGCAGGACACUGAUCAAUCUCCACCUGGCCCGCACCUCCCCCGGCUGCCCCCCAACCAGGAGGCGGGAUUCCGUGGUCUCCAUGGCUGGCCCUCUCACCUGCUGUGACACCACAGUCCAGGAAGACUGUCUCUUCCUACAGGUGGACCGCAUCCAGCACAACCAGCUGGUGACCAACAUCGGCAUCUGGAUGGGGCCACAGGGUUCCAUCACGUGGGACGGCACCUUCAGGCUUCACAUCCACUGUGUCUUCAACGCCAGUGACUUCCUGCCCCUCCAGGCGCCCCUCUUUCCUCCCCCUCCAGCCACUGUGACCCAGCACAGCCCCCUGUGGCUCCAGCUGCAGAUCGACAAGGGAAAAGGGUACGACAAGGCUUUCAGCUCCUACCACAGGGAGGGGGACCACCCCAUUGUGGGGCUGCUUCAAGAGUCUGACCCCAUGGAGGUCUGGCUCCUGCAGAGGACAGACCCCAUUCUGGUCCUGGUGCUGCACCACGCCAACCCCUUCCAGUAUCCUCAGUGGCCCAUCCAGUCAGGUGAGUGUCCUUUCGGUGACAGCUCAGGACCUGAACGAUGGCCUUGGAGGGUAGCUCUGCCCUUCCACUCUCACUACCAGUGCUUCACCGUUGCCACCUUCGCCCUCCUGGACACUGGCUCCUGGAGGGUUUACUUCCCCUGCGGUACCUCUGCCUGCUGCCCCUCAGGGCUGAAGACUUACUCGACUACGUGUAGCUCUGGGGCUGCAGGACGGCAAUGAGCCUCAGGUCACCACAAUGACAUUGCCAGGCCCAGCACGGUGAGCUCUCCCGGGCCACUGGGCUUUGAGGAUUCCUACAGGUGGGAGUCUACGCUGGGGCCUGCAGUGAGGGCAGGAGAUGGUGUGACUGAAUUCAUUGGGGAACUAAGCAAAGCUAGCCACGGUCCACCUCACCUGCAAAAGGGCAGCUUCAGCUCUGCCCAGUGUGAUUACCAAGGGCUGGGGUUUGGGGAGAGGGUUGGAGGGGCCCUUGCCCAGCCCUGCCAUCCUUCAGAUCCCUUUUGUCUGGCAGGCUCCACCAUGAACUGCAGCCCAAGGCCUCUCCUCUGGGUAAUUCUUUUGCUGUUGGCUGUUGCCCUGGUCUGAGGGGUUGGCGUCUUUGUGGACCUGAGCCAGGCCAAGCCCAGAAGCUCCUGGAAGGCAACAGAAGGUGAACAGGCUGAAUAG